GCAUUAUCAGUGGUAGUAUAACAUUGAUUCGAGUAAAGCUGUGAAUAUUGCAUUACUUUUUGAUUGAUAGAAUAUAUCACGUUAGUCGUUCGCUAUACGUUCCAAGCGACCCAUAAAAAAGUGGACAAUUUUUACAUACCGGUCAAAAAAUGCGGCCAAAAUUAAUUAUAUUGUCCUACUUGCUUUUUUGGACCGUCGAAGUUCAACCGGCAACGGCACCCAUUUCUCGAGAAGUGACCCAUGAAGACAUUCGAAAUGCAAUUUUUACUCUGGUGCAUAUGUUCCGUGACAACGUCGCUAAAUUAGAGAGACACGAGUAUCGUGAACGAGAACUAGGAGAACAGCUAAAAAAUGUAUUGGCUUCUAUAGAAACCCGCCAAAAACAACAAGAUUCAAGUGAUAAUACAUUGGAAGCUAUAGUUAAUGGAUUAGUGCCUAGCAUCGAGUUACUAAAAAAAGCCUCAGUCGAUGAUGCUAUCAAUAAAGCAAAUACACAAGUAUUGUUUAAUAGCAUAGAUGAACACGUUAUUUCAGGCGCAUCUGAGUUAAAAACACUUUUAGAAGCCGAACAAAAAUAUGCUGGGGAAAUACAAAAGUCCUUAGACAAUAAAUUGAUAUUAUUAUCGUCUCAAAUCAGUUCACUAGAAGCUCGUCUUAAUUCAAUUGAUCAAUCUCCAAAAUCUGAAAUUACCAACGAAGUUCUCUAUGAACUUUUGCAAAAGAUGGCCGAAGAUUCUUCUUCUAGAAAAUUUGAAUCAUCAAAUGCUACGUCAUUGUUGGUACAACAAACUAAACACGAACUAAUGGAAUCCGUCAAAUUGAUAGCAGAUAAGUUAGAAGAAAAUGAACGCAAAAGAGAAGCUGCCUCAAUUUUAUUAAAUGGUUCAUCAGAUUAUUCCAAAGCUUUCCAAGAUGAUGUCCAAAACAGCUUCCGAUUAAUGUCGAAUGAGGUAAAGGUUCUAUCUGACGUUGAACGUGUGAUGGUACAGACGGCUGACAAUGUACAAGACACCAAACGGAGAAUCGAGUAUAGCACUCAUCAGAUUUUACUGGAGGUGACUGAUGCAAUUAAUACAAAAACGAAAGAAAUUAAUGAAACGAUCAACUACAGCGUAGAAAGCGCUGUGAAAACCAUAUUAGAAGCACAAUCAUUAGGUAUGGCCAACUUAAGUUUGAAAAUCGAGACGGAAAUUAGUCAAGUGUGGAGACAAAUCGGUAUUAUGUAUCAAACGCUCACCUCUUCGGCAGAUACACUUGCCACGCUUCAGCAACAAACAGAUGUAUUUGUUAAUACUACCAUGGAGUCGGUGGGUGGAGUUAAUAACAAGGUAUCGGCUAUAGCAGGUCGCAUGUCUGAGGUAGACGACAACCUUAACUAUCUACUGGGAAGACUGUCUUUGGUUACUCAAGAAUUCAAAGAAAUUAAAAUUGGAUUAGGCGAAGCACUUGAAAAUAUCAGAAUUGGAUUACAAACAGUACAAGGCAACAAGACAGUUGACCAAGGACCCGGUCCUAAUCCCAUCGACGAAGAACCUCUUACCGACAAUUUAAAUAUACUCUCCAAUUCAAAAUAUACCUUAAACUAAAUUGUAAAUAUAGUUCUAAUAAGCAAAUAUAUAUUUUUAAAUAAUAUAA